CUCAGAUUUUCAUUUCCUCGUUUUAGAUCCAAAAAAGCACACUUUUGGUUUCUGGAAUUUUCUCUAGUACAUUUUGAUUUGGUGCAGUGAUUUUAUAGCUGCUAUGGAUGACGACUUCGAGUUCGCCGAUAAGGUCCCUCCCUCAUUUGAUAGCAUGCAAGAUGCGGUUAAGAAUGCUGAAGCCAAAGGGUUCAAUCCAGGAUUGAUAGUGCUGCUAGUUGUAGUGGGGCUGUUGUUGAUAUUUCUCGUAGGCAAUUAUUUACUGUACAUGUAUGCGCAGAAGAACCUACCCCCGAAAAAGAAGAAGCCGGUCUCCAAGAAGAAGAUGAAAAAAGAAAGACUGAAGCAAGGUGUCUCAGCACCAGGAGAGUAAAAAAUUUAACAAUGUUUUGGUUCCCCUCCGUGUUAAACUAUCUCUGUUCAGAAAUUUUCUCCAGAUUUGGUGUCAAGAGAGUUGUUGGGUUAUUACUGUGUAUUUUUUUAAAUUUAUUGGUUAGAAAUUUUAUGUCAUUAUUAGACGUUAACCCUAUACUUGGGUAGACUAGGAGGUUAAAAUGCUGUUUUUCUAACA